AGAGAAAGGCGGGCAGGGCUCAACCUGGCGGCUGGAGUCCAGUCCCAGCGCGGUGGAUCGCGAAGCUGUUCCCAGCCGAGUGGCUCGCCCGUCGCGUCGGGAUUGAAACUGGAAUGGGCACCGAGGGGAAAGCAGCGAGGAAACUGUUGUUUCUCUUCACGUCUAUGAUCCUUGGCUCUCUGGUACAAGGCAAGGGUUCAGUGUACACCUCUCAACCCGACGUCCAAGUUGCUGAGGAUAACUCCGUCAAGUUGUCCUGCACCUACUCGGGCUUCUCCUCUCCCCGAGUGGAGUGGAAGUUCGUCCAAGGGGGCACUACCACGCUUGUUUGCUAUAACAGCCAGAUCACAGCUUCCUAUGCAGACCGCGUUACCUUCUCAUCCAAUGGCAUCACGUUCAGUUCGGUGACCCGGAAAGACACGGGAGAGUAUACUUGUAUGGUCUCUGAGGACGGCGGCCAGAACUAUGGGGAGGUCAGCGUCCGCCUCACUGUGCUUGUGCCUCCAUCCAAGCCGACGGUCAAUAUCCCCUCCUCUCUCACCAUUGGGAACAGGGCAGUGCUGACCUGCUCCGAACAAGACGGUUCCCCGCCUUCUGAGUAUUCCUGGUUCAGGGAUGGGAUAGAUAUGCUUACAGAUGCCAAGAAAACCCGUGCCUUCAUCAAUUCUUCCUACACCGUUGAUCCAAAGACAGGGGACCUGGUCUUUGAUCCCGUGACAGCCUUCGAUAGUGGUGAAUACUACUGCCAAGCUCAGAAUGGGUUUGGGACGGCCAUGAGGUCAGAGGCUGUACACAUGGAUGCUGUGGAGCUGAAUGUGGGGGGCAUCGUGGCCGCUGUCCUGGUAACAUUGAUUCUCCUUGGAGUCUUGAUUUUUGGCAUCUGGUUUGCUUAUAGCAGAGGAUACUUUGAAAGAACAAAGAAAGGGACUGCACCAGGUAAAAAGGUGAUUUACAGCCAGCCGAGUGCUCGAAGUGAGGGGGAAUUCAAACAGACCUCAUCAUUCCUGGUGUGACCUGCUGCAGCUCAUCUGUUCUCUUGCCUUACUCAGGUGCUACAGGUUCCAGCCCCCCUGCUGGCUGUAGCUGCACAGGAUGCCUUCAAUGUCUUCUAGGUCCCACAGGACCCCUUGCUUUUAUUUUAGCUAGGAUAUGAUUUCAAUAACAUCAGCUAUUUCUCCCUCCCCUUUCCUGCCCUCCACCACUGGGUGGCCUGAGACUAGUUACAAAGUUUCAUUUCCCAUUUUUACGGGAUCGGACAAGAGUCCUAGACUAGACAGCCAAGAUGACUGGACUGACAGGAACCUGAAACCAGUACUUGGCUGUAAUGGCCUUUGAAUAAGGACUUAAAGCCUAAUUCACUAGCUUUCUCCUUUCCUGAUGAGGAUGGGUGCCAGCUGCUCUAGAGUAGGGGGGACUGGAGAGAGGAGGGGCUGAAAUGUUUGGUGGUGACCUCAGCUCUUUGGUCUCUGGAGCCUUCUAUCCCCACAAAAUGUGCCACUGGGAUUCUCCUGGAUACAAGCAAACUGACACCAUGUCUGUACGAGGAGGGAGAGCUUAGUAAUCUCCCAAGAGACUUGGAGUAAGAAAGAUUUAAACUACUGAUCUAAAGAAAAGGCUGGGACUAGUAGCUGUCAGUCACUCUUCCCUUGGCUGGAACAACUGCACAGACCCUUGUAAAAUGUGUGUGGGCUGUGGAGAUGGCAUACAUUAUAGUCUUGGCUCUUUGGUGGGCUGGGCUCUGUGUGUGUGUGUGUCUGUGUGUGUGUGUGUGUGUGUGUGUGUGUGUGUGUGUGUGAGAGAGAGAGAGAGAGAGAGAGAGAGAGAGAGAGAGAGAGAUGUACUGAAUGGUUCUUAUACGGAAGGGCUUCCUAGCUUUUUGGCAAGGUUGUGUUUCUGUUUGUUUAUAUUAGACAGAUGUUGCUGGAAAUAAAAAUUUGGUUUGUCAAACUUGUUUUUGUUGGAAGUAGGGGAAUGAGAUCUUUAAGGGACUCUGGGCUCCUUUGUAUAAACAGGAAAAUACCUGAAAGUUCUGCUUCCCAGUAACCUGUGGCUGGCCCCAGGACUAUUUUCUUAGCUCAAGGCAACACUUCAGGACAUCAGAACGGAGUCCCGUGGCCGCCUACUGCUGGGGUGAAGCUGGGGCUGUGCUGGGAGGAAGUGGGUGGGUUCUGCUUGGCCAUUUGGUCAAGUGGAGGAAGAGAGUGCCCAUCCACUGUCCUGUCCGGUGUGCAUAAUGGACACCCCUAAGGCUUCUAAGGGGGAGUUCUCUGAUCAUUUGAAGAACCACUGUAAUGUUUGAGACAGCAAGGAUUAGCAAGAAAGGUCUGGUGGUCAUUGCUUUCUUCCCUUUGAGCCUUUGAAAACUUAAGCACUCACUAAGGGUCUUUCACCAAUAAAGAGUUUUCCAGAGGAAAUAAGAUCCAAUUGAACAAUAAAAGAAAGAUUUGAAAUAGUUCAGUAAACAUAAGACGUUUUCAAGUAUGUUUCAGUUUGUUGUCAUGGUUGGGGAUAGGAUGGGGGGAGGGUAAGGGUAGAUUCAUUGCCCCUUCACCCUGUGAGAUAGAUAACUUCCCCAGGGGCUUUUGAUGAGUAUGAAUCAAGUUGAACAGUUUUGGAGUUCACCUCUCCAGGUUACAGCAUCCCUUGGAAAUUCCAUCUCUACUUUCAUUUUACAAUGUCAAAACUAAUCUUUGUAAUAAAUGUUUACUUUUCACAUUGA